UCGAACUAGUUAAAAACAAUACUAUUUAAAAAUAUAAAAAUAUACAAUGGAUUCAGAAGUCGAUAAUGGUGAAAGCAUUUCAGUAGUUUCAACGCACUCGGAUGAAACUGAGGAAUAUAUUGUAGAGAAGAUUUUGGAUCGAAGGCAUUACAUGGGCCAAGUGCAAUACUUGGUCAAAUGGCUGGAUUAUGCCGAUGAAGAUAAUACCUGGGAAUCGGACAUAGAUCUGGACUGCCAUUCACUGAUUAAAUCGUUCGAGCAAAAAAGUCUGAAGAGGUCGCAAGAUCUGAAUAAUCUAUACGAAACUAAAGCUAAACGGCUGAAACUUGAUCCAUCCCUGUUUGUAGAUAAUCCCUUUAAUCAUGGAUUCACUGCUCAAGAAAUUUUGAGGGGCUAUAAAAAUAAUGGUGAAAUAUCGUUUCUAAUUAGGUUUUGGCAACUCGAUCAACCUCAGGAGGUGCCAAGUGAAAUUGCAUAUGUGGAAAUACCGCAGAUGGUGCUAAAAUUCUAUGAAAAUCAUUGCAGCUUUCAGGAUUACUUAAAUAACUACAUUUCCUGACUUGAAUUGUUAAUUUCUUAGUAAAAAUGACUGAUCACAGAGAACUUUAAGUUUACGCUAUACUUCUUGCUGAGUAAAUAAUAAAAGGUGUCCCUUGGCACAGCAUUACAAACAAUAA